ACGCUGUUGCCUUCUUUCGGGUAUGAGCCGUGAGAGGCGGAGAGAGAGAACGAGAAGGUGAAGCGAGUGUGGGAGAGGGAGACAGGCAGAAAGGCACAUGAGUAGAGAGCAGCUGAGAGGAGGGGGACAAGAGUCGGACAAUUCCAGUCUUCCAUGGUGGGGAUACUCGGACUCUUGUGAAGACAGUGGUGGAUCAAGACGAUUGGAGAUGGAGAGGACCUCUGAAGGAAACCAUCUUCCAAGUUUGGCACUCCAGCGCACUGGAUUUGAAGAUCCAUUGUCCAAGUAGUAAGCAGUGAGUGGGAUCAAGACAUCGUCAUAUAUGACGCCCUGAAGUCCAACUUGUGCAGAAAACCUGAACAAACAGAACAGUGCUGGAACACCUUGUAAGGGCCCAGAGCCUGAGGGUGGUCCGACCAUGAAAACUUCAAUCACUGUGGUCCCGCCCUCCGGCCUGCUGCUGGUCCUUAUGUGCUGCCCCCUGCUGGGCUUGGCGCAGUCCGCCAGCAGCAACAAGGCCAGCGACCAUGGCCGCCCCUCACACUUGAGCGAUUCAGACCCGCAACGCUGCAUGAGGCAUCACUUUGUUGAGACAAUCAGCCACCCAAUUUAUAAGUGCACCUCCAAGAUGGUGCUUCUGGCACGCUGCGAGGGCCGCUGCGGCCCAACGACGCGCUCCGACCCGCUCAUCUCCUUCAGCUCGGUGCUCAAGCAGCCCUUCAAGAGCACUUGCUCCUGCUGCCGCCCGCACACCUCCAAACUCAAGGCUGUGCGCCUGCGCUGCGCCGGUGGCACUCGCAUCACUGCCACGUACCGGUACAUCCUGGCUUGCAACUGCCAGGAGUGCAGCUAAAUUGAGCUAAGCAAUUUUGGAGUAGGGUGGGGGUAAUUCCCUCUCUAUUCCAAACCCUAAAAGACUCUCAUGUGGCAACCGGUUUUUCAGAGCCACCUAGAACUGAUUGCAGUGUUCUCCAUUAUUCUGCAUUCUGCAUGACAACAAAACAAUUUUUUCUCAUUAAAGAAGCUUAAAAAAAGUCGCCCCAUUUGAAGCUCAAGCUUUCAUGGACUGCACUGCAAUUGUUGCUCCAAACCCUGACCCCGAUAAAUUUGUACCUACUUCCAAUCCAGGAUUUCAUCUGGUGGCGCAAAUCACAAGAGACACUGGCAUGCAAAGACGUCAGCUGAACUAUAAAAAGAAGAAGAAAUAAAAAGACAGAUGAAAAAAGUCAGAAGGUUGUGUCUGCAUCAGGGUGGCAAUUUUGGACUCUUCACAGACUGUGUGAGGUGCUUGUUAAAUGUCGUCUAUUUGAAUCUAAGGUUCACAUAAUAUCACGCUGGAUUUAUACAAGCAUCCUAUAUUCUGUCACUUGGAAGAAACUUCACACUUUCUUCGUGGAGUUCCUGCUAAUCUGCUUCGAAGAAUAUCGAAUAUCUAUUCCUCUUGUCCCAUUUGUGGUUUUCUCCCUCCAUAAAACAUUAAAGUAACAUAUUGUCAUUUACAGACUUGUGUUCAUUAUUCAUUUCAUGCAGACUUCAAUUAGUUCGAUCACUCAAUCCUUAUAAAACAGAUAAUGAGUUUUACAAUUAUUCAAGAAAAAUUCAAAAGUGGGACAUAAGUAAAUGAAUAAAUUGAAUUGGCUGAGCACUGCAGUCACUGAACGAAUUAAACUCAAAGUCAAGUUACCAGUGUAUAACCAAAUAUACAUAGUUAUUUUAUAUCUGCCAAGCCAGUUUACAUAAUCCUGUCGUAAGACAAAUGAACUAUUAAUGUAACUAAUUUACCUGCUUUGGUUAUUUCAAGUAAAUUAGCUAGCUAACAAUACAAGCUAUUUCAUAUGCUAGCUAGCAAACCAAAUAACCAUCUGGCUUGCUAGCAACGAACUACUGUAAAACCUAUACACGUAUAUAAGCAGCAAUUUACUGGGCGACAAAAUUAAAUAGCUUUGACUUAAUUUAGUAACAUGUUAAAUUACCUGCGUUGGUGCUUUCACAGUUUAAUUAAAUAUACAAGGAGACAUUAAUUGAAAUAAGACAAAGUUAUAGUACUGUAAUGCAAUUAAAAGUGAGUGAAGUAUUGAGACAUAGCAUGUUAACACCCAUUGUCAUGUUACAAGUUCAUCUGCCGUUUGCAAAUAUUGAUGCAUACUGUAUCCUGCACAUUUUGUGGGAUUAAGGUUACUUUUAGGCAAUUGAAUAGAUCCCAUCCAAUUAUUCGGACCCACAAUGAAUUCAUGAAUACGAUAUGAAUGAUUAGAUUCAAUUUACUGUAGUGAUAUAAUCGUUGGCUCAUGAAAUUAUUUGACAUUUUAACGAAAUAUUUCGUAUUUUAAUUAGCUAUUAAAUUACAGUACCUAUAUUUUUCACGUAUGGCACAAUGUUCCAUCGGAGUCAUUUCAGUGAAGGUCAUUUCAGGCUUCUUGCUGCUCUCUGCUGGCUGUAUAGAGUAUCGCACGCAUACGCGCACACACAGCAGUGUUGUCGUGUUGUACCCAACUGAAUACACUGCAACGGCCCGGCACCAGUGUUCUAUCGUUUAUCUUGCCGUCCACACUUAUGGAAUGUGCAUACACCUUUCUCCUUCCUAUAGGCACACAGUUCAAAGGAUUUUGUAUUUCCUGUACAUACGUUCAUAUCUAUGUCACAAAAUGUAGGACCCUGUACAUGGUCCUGUGCAUGUGAAAGUAAGACAUUUACUCUCAUUAAAAAUAAAAAUGAACGAGG